AUGUUGCGUCCGGAAGAAUGCAACCACUUUCCGAUUUGCAAGCUUCCUCGCAAGAUACACAACCUCCAGUCGUCCUUCUACUUUGGCACUGUCAACCAAACACUUACGAAUUACGACGACGUCGACGAGGUGUACACGAAAGCGUUUGGGUGGAUCCUUCCCGCCGGCUUUGUGUUCAUCCCCGUUAUCGACACGCUCGUUGACCGCUUCGGCCUCCCCAUCUCGAUGCUCUCGACGACGCUCCUCAGCAUUGGCUACCACAUUCUCGCCAUGAUCCACUCGCUCCCACUUCAAAUCCUCACGUUCUUGCUCUUCACGGCCUUUCGCGCGCUCUUCUACGCCAACGUGGCCACGUGCGGCGCAACGACCUUUGGCCACACCAACAUGGGCAAGAUCCUCGGCACUGUUUACUCGUCGUCGGCGAUCGUCGCGCUCCUUGAAAUCCCCGCCGCGCAGUCGGCCAACUCGAGUGAGACGGGUUGGAACGUCCUGUACGCGGUCUCGCUCGGCCUCGCCAUCGCGCUCGUGCCCGUCAUCCUUGUGUACCGCCGCCGGUUCUACGCCAAGACAACGGUCUAAGCGCACAUUCUGUUG